CAUAUUGAAACACUUAAACAAGCUCAUGUUUGGAACUACCACUUUUAAUCAUUCAAUAAUUAAAGUAAACAGUUUGAGCUCUGCUUUGAUUUACUAAUGUCUCCAUAGCUAACGAUAGAAAAUAUGACUAGAGGUAGACAUAGAUUCAGCAGCUUAGGGGUACAAUUGUUCAUUUCUGUUUUUUAAAUUCCCAUCUGCUCCUUGUUGUCUCUGGUUCUCCCUUCAACGCUGCCUUUAUUCAGAUUUAAUGUCAUAUUUAAAGUAUUAUGAGUUUCUUUCCAGUCAGAAGUCUGAAUGUUUGUCAUGUGGCUAAAAUAACUGAUGAAAAUGUGUAAGGUCUUACAGCUUGUUGUUUGUGUGAAGGUUUUGGGCUGUGCCAUGGAUCAGUGUGAGGAGGCAGAGGCGGGAGCCUCCACCUCCGCUCAGUGUAAGGACCAUGAAGCUCACAGCCUGGAGAAGCAGCAGAGACCGGACUCUCCUGGAUGUGAACUCAGCGGUGUGUCCCACAUGAGUCGGUCGAUCAGUUCCCCGUUAGAUUUUAAGGAUCAGCUUCCUUCAGAGACUGAUGUUCACCAGAGUAACUGGUCCAUGAUUGAACCGUAUAACUUCAGAGAUAGACACCACUCUACUGAACAAAGAGCUCCAGAACAGAUGACUGAGGUUCCCGCUGGUCAGCCUUUCCAGCCGCAUCCAACAGACCUGGAUUCCAUAUUUAUGCUUCUUCAGGAGAACAUUACCACUUUUAUGACAGAAGAGCUGAAAAAGUUUCAAAGGGUUCUGAGUCAAAAUGUUUCAGAAGGUUUGAAUUGGCACAGUGAGGAUGAGGAGGUUGUAGAUGGUGAAGAUGAAGCGCAGAGGAGGAGCAGCAGAGAGGCACUUCUGAAGAUCACAUUGCACUUCCUAAAGAGAAUGAAGCAAGAUGAACUGGCUGAUAGUCUUCAGAGCAGAACUAUUGCUUCACUGAAUCAAUGUAAACUCAAAUCCAGCCUGAAGGAGAAGUUCCAGUGUGUGUUUGAGGGGAUUGCUAAAGCAGGAAACCCAACCCUUCUGGACCAGAUCUACACAGAGCUCUACAUCACAGAGGGAGGGACUGGAGAGGUCAACGAUGAACACGAGGUCAGACAGAUUGAAACAGCAUCCAGGAAACCACACAGACCAGAAACAACCAUCAGACAAGAAGACAUCUUUAAAGCCUCACCUGGAAGAGAAGUACCAAUCAGAACAGUGAUGACAAAGGGAGUGGCUGGCAUCGGGAAAACAGUCUUAACACAGAAGUUCACUCUGGACUGGGCUGAAGGCAAAGCCAACCAGGACAUACAGUUCACAUUUCCAUUCACUUUCAGAGAGCUGAAUGUGCUGAAAGAGAAAAAGUUCAGCUUGGUGGAACUUGUUCAUCACUUCUUUACUGAAACCAAAGAAGCAGGAAUCUGCAGGUUUGAAGAGUUCCAGGUUGUGUUCAUCUUUGACGGUCUGGAUGAGUGUCGACUUCCUCUGGACUUUAAAAACAACCAGACCCUGACUGAUGUCACAGAGUCCACCUCAGUGGAUGUGCUGCUGACUAACCUCAUCAGGGGGAACCUGCUUCCCUCUGCUCGCCUCUGGAUAACCACACGACCUGCAGCAGCCAAUCAGAUCCCUACUGAGUGUUUUGACAUGGUUACAGAGGUCAGAGGGUUCAACGAUCCACAAAGGGAGGAGUACUUCAGGAAGAGGUUCAGAGAUGAGGAGCAGGCCAACACAAUCAUCUCCCACAUCAAGACAUCACAAAGCCUCCACAUCAUGUGCCACAUCCCAGUCUUCUGCUGGAUCACUGCUACAGUUCUGGAGGAUGUGCUGAAGACCAGAGAGGGAGGAGAGCUGCCCAAGACCCUGACUGAGAUGUACAUCCACUUCCUGGUGGUUCAGUCCAAACUGAAGAACAUCAAGUAUGAUGGAGGAGCUGAGACGGAUCAACACUGGAAUAAAAAGAGCAGGAAGAUGAUUGAGUCUCUGGGAAAACUGGCUUUUGAGCAGCUGCAGAAAGGAAACCUGAUCUUCUAUGACUCAGACCUGACAGAGUGUGGCAUCGAUAUCAGAGCAGCCUCAGUGUACUCAGGAGUGUUCACACAGAUCUUUAAAGAGGAGAGAGGACUGUACCAGGACAAGGUGUUCUGCUUCAUCCAUCUGAGUGUUCAGGAGUUUCUGGCUGCUCUUCAUGUCCAUCUGACCUUCAUCAACUCUGGAGUCAAUCUGAUGUCAGAAGAACAAACAACAUCCAGGUCUGAAGUAUACAGAGAAAAACCUGACCCAAGACUAUUACAUCAGAGUGCUGUGGACCAGGCCUUACAGAGUCCAAAUGGACACCUGGACUUGUUCCUUCGAUUCUUCCUUGGUCUUUCUCUGCAAACCAAUCAAACUCUCCUACGUGGUCUGGUGACAUACUCAGCAAGUACCUUGCAGACCAACCAGGAAACAGUUGAGUUCAUGAAGAAGAAGAUCAGUGAGGAUCUGUCUGCAGAGAGAAUCAUCAAUCUGUUCCACUGUCUGAAUGAACUGAAUGAUCAUUCUCUAGUGGAGGAGAUCCAACAGUACCUGAGCUCAGGAAGUCUCUCCACAGAUAAACUGUCUCCUGCUCAGUGGUCAGCUCUGUGCUUCAUCUUACUGUCAUCAGAAAAAAAUCUGGACGUGUUUGACCUGAAGAAAUACUCUGCUUCAGAGGACGUUCUUCUGAGGCUGUUGCCAUUGGUGAAAGCCACUAACAGAGCACUGUUGAGUGGCUGUAAUCUGUCGGAGAGAAGCUGUGAAGCUCUGUCAUCCGUCCUCAGAUCCCAGUCUUCCUAUCUGAGGGAGCUGGACCUGAGCAACAACGACCUCCAAGAUUCAGGAGUGAAGCUGCUGUCAGCUGGAAUGGAGAGUCCACAUUGUAUACUGGAGACUCUCAGGCUUUCAGGAUGUCUGAUCACAGAGAAAGGGUGUUCUUCUCUGGCCACAGCUCUGAGAUCCAACCCUUCCAUUCUGAGAGAGCUUGACCUGAGCUACAAUCAUCCAGGAGAAACAGGAGCAAAGCUUCUGACUGCUGGACUGGAGGAUCCACUCUGGAAACUGGAGACUCUCAAGAUUGAUUAUGAUGAAGAGCAGUGGCUAAAACCUGGUCUGAGGAAGUAUGCCUGUGAACUAACGCUGGACACAAACACAGUGAACAAAAACCUCAAGCUGUCUGACGGCAACAGGACGGUGACUGAAGCGACGGAAAAGCAGUCGUAUCCUGAUCAUCCAGAGAGAUUCGAAUACUGUUCUCAGCUUCUGUGUGGAAGUGGUCUGACUGGUCGCUGCUACUGGGAGGUUGAGUGGAGUGGAAUGGUUUAUAUAUCAGUGACCUACAGAGGAAUCAGACGGAAAGGAGGAGACAGCGCCGACCGCAGGUUUGGAGGGAAUAAGCAGUCCUGGACUCUGAGGUGCUCUGAUGAUGAUGGUUUCUCUGUGUGGUACAAUAACAGAAAAAAACGUCUCCCCUGCUCCUCCUCCUUCUCCUCCUCUGUUGCUAACAGAGUAGCCGUGUAUUUGGACCAUCCUGCCGGCACUCUGUCCUUCUACAGAGUCUCCUCUGACACACUGAUCCACCUCCACACCUUUAACACCACCUUCACUGAACCACUGUAUCCUGGGUUUAGGUUGUGGCCUGAUUCCUCAGUGUCUCUGUGCACACUGUAGUUGGGAAAAAGUCCU